AUGGUACUGAUAGUAGUGGUGGUAGUGGUGACAAAGACAGGAAUUUGUUUGCUGCAGGAUGGUAAUCAGGAGCCUUUCAAAGUGCGACUGCACCUAGCCAAAGAUAUUUUGAUGAUCCAGGAGCAGGAUGUGAUAUGUGUGUCUGGCGAGCCUUUCUAUUCUGGUGAAAGAACGGUGACCAUUAGAAGACAAACUGUAGGAGGAUUUGGAUUAAGCAUAAAGGGAGGAGCAGAACAUAACAUUCCAGUUGUAAUUUCAAAAAUUUCCAAAGAACAAAGAGCUGAACUUUCAGGACUGCUCUUUAUAGGAGAUGCCAUUCUUCAGAUUAAUGGAAUUAAUGUGAGAAAAUGCAGGCAUGAAGAAGUGGUUCAGGUUCUUCGGAAUGCAGGCGAAGAAGUAACCCUAACUGUGUCAUUCCUAAAAAGAGCACCUGCUUUUCUCAAACUGCUGCUGAAUGAAGAUUGUGCAUGUGCUCCAAGUGACCAGAGCAGUGGUACAUCUUCUCCUCUUUGUGAUAGUGGUUUGCAUCUCAACUACCAUCCUACCAACACGGAUACACUAUCAUGCUCUUCAUGGCCAACUUCACCAGGUCUGAGAUGGGAAAAGAGAUGGUGUGACCUUCGAUUAAUUCCCUUACUUCAUUCUCGUUUCUCCCAGUACCUUCCUGGAUCAGAUUUGUGUCGACAGAACGCAUUUCAAGUAAUUGCUGUGGAUGGGGUUUGCAGUGGAAUAAUUCAAUGUCUCUCAACUGAAGACUGCAUCGAUUGGCUACAAGCAAUAGCAACAAAUAUUUCAAAUCUCACAAAGCACAAUAUUAAAAAAAUCAACAGAAACUUCCCUGUAAACCAGCAGAUAGUCUACAUGGGCUGGACUGAAGAACGAGAACAAGAUUCCCUUCAAGAUAGGAAAUACACGCCAAAGUUUUUAGCACUGAGAGGCUCUUCUCUUUAUAAAUUUCUGGCACCUCCAGUAACCACUUGGGACUGGACACGAGCAGAAAAAACAUUCUCAGUUUAUGAGAUUAUGUUUAAAAUCUUCAAGGACAGUGAUCUACUGGACCGUCGGAAACACUGCUUUGGCGUUCAAUCAGAAACUGGAGAGGACCUCUACUUUUCAGUGGAGUUAGAGAGUGACCUUGCUCAAUGGGAGAAAGCCUUCCAAACAGCAACAUUUUUAGAAGUUGAAAGGAUACAGUGCAAGACCUAUGCCUGUGUAUUGGAAAGUCAUCUAAUGGGACUAACUAUUGACUUUAGUAUGGGAUUUGUCUGCUUUGAUGCUGCAACAAAGGCUGUACUUUGGAGGUACAAGUUUUCUCAGCUUAAAGGUUCUUCAGAUGACGGCAAAAGCAAAAUCAAAUUUUUGUUUCAGAAUCCAGAUACUAAGCAGAUUGAAGCAAAGGAGCUGGAGUUUUCCAAUCUGUUUGCUGUUCUCCAUUGUAUCCAUUCCUUCUUUGCUGCCAAAGUAGCUUGUUUGGACCCUUUAUAUUUAGGCAACCAGGCCUCGGCCUCAGCUUCUACUUCUGCUUCUUCUGCUGCUGCUGGCAAAGGAAAAUAUACAACUUGAUACCCAAUAUUUCAUACUGCCACAAAUAAACUGUGUACAAAUAUUCAUCACUACAGACCCUGGAAGAAUCACAAAUUCACCAAUCCAAGAGACAAGUUCAUACUGCAGUUUUGGCAAACAUAAAUGUCCCAAUGGAUCACAAACUACUCUCAGUUCUGCAAGACAUCUGUAAAUAACCCUAGCUGAAAACCCAGCAGAGGAUCGAUAUGCUUUUCCACUGAUCUAUUUGUACCAACCUAACACUUUAAGCAAAAGUAGAGACAAAAGAAUUAAUAAUAUGAAGAAACACUUAAAUAUGGAAUAAAUUUUUCAACUGCCCAAUAAGAAACUACAAAUGGAAUGGUCAUUUUCUUGUUUCCAGGUUAUUUUUUAUGACAAUGUGCUAGAUCCUGAACCUGAACUCAUAUCCCAGCUAUGUAUUAUAAGUGACAUAAAGCAAGCAAAAGACAGACCCCUAUGGCUACAAGGAGACUAGCAUGAAAAACAUUUGUCUAAAUAUCUCCUCAAAGAAGAAAGCACUUUAAUUCUUAUUAUAAAUUUUUACCUAUACCCCUGCUCCAUAGUGUGUGUAACACUGUCAUUCUGUUCUCAUUGUUUUAUCUUUAGUCCUUUGUAAUCAUCUGUAACAGGUAAUCAUGCUGACUCAUUACAGACAAAAUACAAAAUGACUUCUUGGAUCACUGCUGAAAUAACUUUUCAGACAUAGGCCUUAAUGCCAAUUGAAAAUGAAAUACACAUUAUUUUAGUUAUAUGUAAUGUAACUAGAUUUGGUAGUUUCAUUUUUUCUAUCUUUAUUGUGGGGAAAUUUAUUUUUAUUCUAAUGUACUUUAUUGACCUAAUUGAAAUAGCCUAGUGUCUGUGACCUAAUGAAAUUUUCAUUAUUAAAAAGGUUAGAAUAUAUAAGAGAGAACAGGUGAGGGAGUCUUUGUCAUUCAGAUUUGAUUAAUCAAUCAGGUACUCAGAUUUACUUACAAAACAGUCUUAUAGGCAGGGAUUUGUUAGUUCAAUGGCAUGGCUACUUUAUAAUAUCACUAUUAGAGGAAAAUGAAAUAAGUAAGCUAUGAAGAUAGAACAAUAUUAUCUUACAGACAUUUCACUCUCUGAAGAUUGCAUCUUGCUCAUAAUACAAGAAUGUAUUGUAUAUUCUUGAUGUUUUAACUCAUGGUGAAUGUAAAAAUGGAGGAGCUGUAAAUUUGGAAUGGUUAGUGCUUCUUCCACUGGUCAGAUUUCAAAAAUACACUACUUGAAUACCCUGGACCAUCUUCUUGGUCCUAAGCUAUGGCUUUACUGGGAGCAUCAUAUGAAUAUUCAAGUCUCACCCCUCAUCUUUUUUCAAAUUAAUUUUGCACAAACACACACUUGUGAAUUUGACAAAAUGUUUACUAUGUGUGUGUGACCUAAUAUUGAAAAAAAAAAAAAAGAUGGAAAAUCUUUUCUUUAAAGCAAAGAAGGCUCCCUUAAAAGGAAGCUUACACCAGAACUCUAUUUAUAGAGAGUACAUGAAAUUUAUAUUCAUAUUUUAUUGUUUCCAUUGAUUUUAUGAUAUGAGUAACUAGUGAUUAUUUUAUUUUAUUCUGAAUGGUUCUCAAAUGUGCUGAAUGGAAAACAUUUCUAAGGACCAAGAAGAACCAGCAAAGAAAGUGGAAUUUUCCACUUUUAAAGCAUUUCCUUAUAAUUCAUUUACUGUAGGAUAUCACUGAAUUCAACAGUCAGUUGUUGCUUAUUAGGCAAUGGUGAGCUUUGCUUUCAAUUUUUUGAUAUUCUUUUAAAACCACUCUGCCUUAGCUCUUUGAAGGUUUGGGUCUAAUAAUAGUACGUUGAGUGUGUUUGGAAUGUUUGUCAUAAUUGACAAGUGAUCUAAAUGUUUUAUGUCUUGAAGAAUUUAGUUAUGAAAAUAUUUUCUAAGUAUGUGGUUAUUGUUUCUCAUACAUAUGUAAGGUGUGCAAAAUUACCUUUCCAAUACAUAUGUGAGGAAGCAUACUUUCCAAAGGUUCUAAAUGUGAAACAAUCAUAAAUUAAUGAAAUUUUAUUGGAAAAUAUCUUUUGAGUUGUUGAUAAAAAAGCAAACUUCAUGAAAAACCCAAUUUCAACAUGUUAUAUUUUCUUCUGUAAUUCUAUUUUUAUUAGUAUUAAUUCUGAAUAGCUAGAACAUUCAAAUUACAUAGCACAUGUUUAUGGUGUUCUGCAUAGAACAACCAUUUGGGAAUCAAGCUAGUUAGUCUAAUAUUAUCAGGUAGCUGAAUAAGGGUUGCUGAUUUGAGCUUAUCAACCAAAACAUUUGGUUAUAGAUUUUUUUUUUAAUAUUUAGGAGACCAGAUCAGUUUACCAGUCACAAUUCAAUUGAAUUAUAGAUGGUCAGCUGGGGAAAUUUUGUAGAUUUGAUCUGAGGCAGAAGUGAUUAUUUCAUUUCUAAAAGCUGAGAUAGAAAUAUGCUCUAUAUUUAUUAAUAUCCUUUUUCCAUCUGAAAAUUCAUAAUGAGAUCUUGUAACCUAAGUAUCUUGGUGACAUUUGAUAUAAAAAAGUAAAAAGUCUUAAAUGUCAACAUUAAUUUUUAACUUUUUUCAAAUCAUAUAAAACUGUGGCCUAAAAAUUAAUUUUCCCCAAGACAGAAAGAAUUCAAAAUCAAGUAUACAAUAGAAUGAGAAAAUAUUUUGUGAGAUAUUAUUUAAUCUUCUAUUUUAGUUUUCAAAGUAUCAUUAUAAAAUUAUUUUGAGAACUACAAGGUGAGGCAGGAGUACACUGACACAGUUUUUGGUUCUAAUUAUGAUGGGAUUCAACCAGAAAAAGAAAGCCAAAUCUGAUAUUUUCAUAUUCAUGUAAAUAGGGUCAUAUUCUCUAUUUGGAUAAUUCUAUAAAAAGCUUCCUCUAAUUCUAGAAGCAGUGGGAUGCUUAAGAAAUCUAAAUAAUGAGGCAGAGAAGUGCUGGAAUUCCUAUGAGAUCUCAAGAACCAAUUGUUAAAAUGUGAGUAUGAACAUUUAAACAUAAGAAAUUGCCAAAUGUUGCAAAUUAAGGUUAGCCUAUUUUGUUCAUUAAGAAAGCAAUGGAGAUGAUGUUAAUAAUUCAAAUUAAACUUAAGUAUAUCAUAUGUGGAUGUUUUUGGAGAGCCAGUUGUUAAACAUUUACCAGCAAACUACUUUAAUGAAUUUCAUUAACAGAGGUUCUAGGAUUUCAAUGAGAAACAAGAUGUGACACAUCAGAUGUGUGAGUUAGUAAGAAGAGCUAGCCCUGAAUCUCUGUGGGUGGCAAAACUGAUUCACCGUGACCAGCUCACUUCACUAGAAGCUGUCCUAUUCCUGGGCAAAUGGCAGAAUUGGCAUCUUCAUGUUCCCAAUUUAUCAUAAUAGCCAAUUUUAGGCCAAUAUAAUCAUAUUGAAGUCUUCAUAAAUGUAAUCUUCAUAGGCCUAAUUACGGACAACUGGGUAGUAUGCACUGUAGGGGUAGAAUAGAAACCCACCAAAUAUUUAAGCACUGAUUCUGAACUAUCCUUAUUGCCUCAAACCUAUGUUGAGUUUUGUAAAAUGUGUACUAUUAUGUAAUAUGAGAACUGGCCUAUAGAGAAUAAGGAAUCACUAUUACAGGAAGCAAACAAUUCCACUGUUGUAAUAUUAUAAUUUCAGUGUAAAGCACUAGUAUAUUGGAAAACUAAUUUGGAACAUCAACAUUAACCUUUUUAAAUUGUGAUUAAAGAGGAAAAAAAUGAACGGGCAAUUCAUUGUGAAACUCACUGGAUACUAGGUUACUGAUUUUUUGCCUAGUCUAUUAUGCAAAUGAGAAGUGUAUAAAUUUUGUAUCCCAUAAUAUGCAAACUGAUGAUUAAAAACUACCAAAAAUAUUCCCUAUAAAUGCUGACCUGUUAAUAUACAUGCAUUUCAUGCACACAUAUUUUUCCCUAAUUUAGAAUACAAAAUAUACUUUGAGCUAAAAUUCAUAACACUUUCCAAAUUCUUAUUAUUGAUGUUUUAAUGAGUCACAAGUCAAAAUUGAUGUUACAUGAUUACCAUCAUUCAUAUUAGAAAAUGUAUUUUAAUCCAUUCAUCAAUUAAUAAUUUCAUUUUACUUUUGCUACAUAAUUGUUAAAUACUAUUAUUUAUUAUUGUUUAAAAUUUAUGAAUGAGAAUUCUUAGAAAUGGUGAAAUAGUGAUCAGGUAAACUAUAUUCCCAUAUAAUUUAGAUUUAGCUGCAUGAAAUUUAUUUAUUACAAUCCCUAGAGACAUCUACAGUUGUAUGUAAUACAACACUUGAAUAGUAGAACCUUCAGGCACCUAAAUAUAUGUUACAAAUGUUAACCCCUUCAGUGCCUUGGAGUUUUUUGCAUUAUAAAAAUCCUUUUAAGUCCUCCUCUUUGUACAAUAGUGUACAUACUGCAGAUCUAAAAGGGACAUUUUGAAGCAUUAUCUACCAUAGAAGGGGUUUAAGUAUCACUUUAUACCCUUCCUAAUAUCCUGAUAUCCUAAUAUCAGUAAUAUGGUUUUCUCUCUGGGAUACUUCUAUUUUAUUUUUUUUCCAUUUAGCAUUUAGCUACAGAAUUUUUUUUAAAGGAUAUGCCAUUUUAGGAGCUAUCAAAGGAUAUUUAUUUUUUGGAGGAAAUGUUAAUAUUUAAGAGAAAACAAGAACAUAUCACCUAGGUAUUAACAUCAAAAUAUCUUGCCAAAGUUUUUAUGUGGGAAAAAGAAAUCUUUCCUUGCUCAUGUUUCAGAGGUGUUCCUGACUUCUAAUUUGAAAAUAUUUGUUCAUUGGAUUUCCAUUCAGCAACUACUUGAAAAACUGCAUUAAUUCCCUGUUAGCUAUGUCAGCAGAGAGUUGUACUUUUGUGUUCAUUAGUUUUUUUUUUUUUUUAAUAACUUUUUAUUGAUAGAACGCAUGCCAGGGUAAUUUCAUUAGUUCUUAUAUAAUCCUUUCUUUCUAAUACUAUAAUUUAGAGGUCAAAUCCUAAAAUUUUAAAGAAGCCCACACUACACUGGCCUUGAAAAAAGUAAUCAUAUUGUCUAAAUUCAGGUCUACUGCCAGAAGGCAGAAGGCAGAAGAAACUUAAAAAGUAUAAGCAAAGUCUUGUGUUUCUUUAAGGUAAGUGGAAACACUUUCAUAAUUAAGAACCACUGCCCUGAGUUUCUAUGAAAAUCAUUGUACUUAAUAGGCCUUCUUAAAGAAUUACUGUUUCAUGCCUCCACAAUCUUGACUUUUUAAUUUCUUUCUAUUUUUGAAAAAUUUUAAAACACCCUAUCAUUCAUUUGCACAUUUAAAUUUGUUUUUGAAAAUAAAAUUUAAAAGUGUUAUAUAUUUUAUAAAUAUGAAAAACUGCAAUGAAAAUAGAAAGUUAAACUAUAAAUAUAUUUAUUUCAUUUUUAAUUGUUUUGGUGGAUGUUUGUAAAAUGUAAAUUAAUAUUUGUGACAAACAGUCACUUAGAUGUUUAAGUUCAUUAAUGUACUACUAAUAAACUGUACUUUUGUAUUGGAGCAUACUGGAAAAUAGAAAAUAAAUACUUUUUACUAGA